GGCCGCGCGCAGAGCGGGGAGCCCGGCGAGGGGACGGCUCCGCUCCCCGCAGCCCCGGCCGCCCGCCUGGGGCCGUCCCGCCGGGCCAUGCCUCCGUGGGCGGCCGCCCUCGCGCUGCUGCUGGCAGCGCUCGGCCUGCUCCUGCUGCGCCCCUGGAAGCGCGCCGUCGGAGCGCGAGCCCCGGGUGGGGAGCACGGGGAGCAGGAGGCGGGGAGCCGAGGCCCCGCGGACCGGUUCAGCGACCGGCGCGAACCGCUCCCCGGCGGCUGCAGCCUCAUCUGCAAGCCGUCGGCGCUGGCCCAGUGCCUGCUGCGCGUCCUGCGGCGCUCGGCGGCGCUCGAACCCGGCCCGCGCUCCUGGCUGUCGGGGCCCCACCUGCAGACCUUCCGCCACUUCCUCCUGCCCGUCGGGCCCGGGCCCGAGCUAGCCCGUGAGUACCUGCAGCUGGCAGACGACGGGCUGGUGGCCCUGGACUGGGUCGUAGGACCCUGCGCCAGGGGCCGCCGGGUCACCGGCACGGGGAGCCUUCCGCCCGUGCUGCUGGUCAUCCCCAACGCGUGGGGACGCCUCACGCGCAACGUGCAGGGGCUGUGCCUGCUCGCCCUGGAGCGGGGCUACUACCCGGUCAUAUUCCAUCGCCGCGGCCACCACGGCUGCCCGCUGGUCAAUCCCCGGCUCCAGUCUUUUGGGGACCCAACCGACCUCAAGGAGGCCGUGACUUACAUUCGCUUCCGACACCCAGCGGCCUCCCUGUUCGCGGUGAGCGAGGGCUCGGGGUCCGCGCUGCUCCUGUCCUACUUAGGGGAGUGCGGCUCCUCCAGCUAUGUGACCGGUGCCGCCUGCAUCUCCCCCGUGCUACGCUGUCGCGAGUGGUUCGAGGCUGGCUUGCCUUGGCCAUAUGAGCGUGGGUUCCUGCUACACCAGAAAAUGGCUCUCAGCAGGUACGCCUCGGCCCUGGAGGACACCGUGGACACCAGCAAGCUCUUCAGGAGCAGUUCCCUGCGGGAGUUUGAGGAGACCCUGUUCUGCCACACCAAGAGUUGUCCCAUCAGCUGGGACGCGUACUGGGACGCCAACGACCCACUGCGCGAUGUGGACGAGGCCGCCGUGCCUGUGCUGUGCAUCUACAGUGCCGACGACCCGGUGUGCGGACCCCCAGACCGCACUCUGCCCGCCGAGCUUUUCCACAGCAACCCUUACUUCUUCCUGCUGCUCAGUAGCCACGGGGGCCACUGCGGCUUCCUGCGCCCUGAGCCCUUGCCGGCCUGGAGCCACGAGGUCAUCCUGGAGUCCUUUAGGGCCCUGACUGAAUUCUUCCGAAUUGAAGAGAGGAUGAAAGGGCUGAGCAGGCGCAGGACUUCAUUUUUAGGGGGCCGGCGGCGCUGGGGAGGCCUGCAGAAGCGAGACGCCUCCCCCUCUUCCAGUCUGGAGGAGAUCUUCAGCUGGAAGCGGUCUUACACCAGGUGAGGCUUGCAACUGGGGAAGCCCCUGGACCUGUGGGAAAGACUCCAACCGCGGCUCUUAAACUGGAGGAAGCAAACUUUCACCCUGAGCGCACUACCUUGAGAAGAAAUUCCCUGUCUCUGAGAAACAUUCUUGUUCACCCUGCUCAGCCCCUGGUCACUGUCUCCUGGUGUCAGUCACAGUCAAGUAACAGCCCGGUGGCUGAGUCGAUGGGCUGGAGAGAAAAUGCUAGCUAGCUCUCUUAGCUAUGACUCCAGAGAUGACCUUAUGAGAGUCGAUGGGUGGUUCUGUCCCACAUAAAUAAUCAGCUUGGUGACUCUGCGUCUCGAGCGGAGCCACUUGGUACAGAAAGGACAGGAUGUUUGUGUCUAAGUCCCACUUCCCUCAUGUGCUCUGCGGUCGUGGCUCUGCUCUGACUUGCACAGCUGCAGCUGGGGAUGCAGGCUGCCACAGAUGCUCUGCUCAGCUCCCAGAAGGCAGCAGAGGCAGGAGAUGCUGAACUGGGCCAGCGUGGAAAGAGCUGCGGAGGGUAGAAUGUGAGUGUCUGUCCCUGCCUCUCAUGAUGGCUGGGAGCUCCAGGGCUGGCCGGAGCCACCUCCAAAGAGUAUUUUAGGAAUACGAGGUGUUGUCCUGGGUCUAAGGGCAGCCAGGUUAGGCCAGAUGCACACACACCUUCAGUUCAGAUCCAGGAGACUGCUCCAGAUGUGCCCCUCCUGAGAUGUAUGCUUUCUCAGAGUCGGAAUAACCCUCAUAAACCGGAGUUCUGAGCAGUUUCCUUUCGGUACUGGUACUGGUACUGGCUUCUCCCUUUCCAGAGCCAGGCAAGAGAUCUGGGAUCAAAGGAGACAAACCCCCAAGAGCUUGGUGAAUGUGAUCCAACUAUUUAUGCAUGUCUCAUGUUACCAGCUUUGCCUGUUCAAUUAUUCAAAGGGCAGAAAAGCUGCCUUCUGAAUCCCUUCACUCAGCCACUAAGUGGGCAUUUGGUUUGAUGAGCAAUAGUGCUGAAGACCAGAGUAAAAUAACGCACAGUGCACAGGUUGACGAGCUUAUCCUGGAUUGUGUUAAAGCCUUUAAAAAUUAUUUUGACAGCUGGA